CUUCCUCUCUUUUUUCUUUCCACCUAUAUUCCUCCUUUCACAAUCAGCAGCAGGGAGAUAAGUAGCCACCACCCUCUCCUUCCCAUCUCCUCUCUAUUCAAUAAACAAUAACUCUCUCUCUCUCUUUCUCUCUCUCUCUCUACACUAGUAGAAAGGUUCCAACUUAUAAAACAAACUAAAGGGAUAAUAUUCUCUCUCUCUCUCUCUCUCUCUCUCUCUCUGAAAUUCUUCUGUUUGUUGCUGAAUUUACUUCUUUCAGCUUUUUGGAAUAAACCCAAACUGUGGGUUUUUCCUGGUGAGUCUUGUUUUUAGAUAUGGUUGAGUGGAUCUAUCUACAUGCAAAUGAAUUUGUUUCACUACUUUCUUUGUGUUUUGAUUAUUGAUCCAUGAAAUUUCAGGUUAACAAAGGCUUGUUUGUGGGUGAUUUGAAUUUGUAUCAGCACUUACUGGUAACAGUAGAAAACAUAGUUUUGGGGAAGUUGAAGCUUAUUGGUUGACUGAGAGAUUCCCUUGAGUUUCAGGCUUAUCUUGGAAUAAUGAUGAUGUUUGAUGAUAUGGGAAUUUGUGGGGAUAUGGAUUUCUUCAGUGCUCCUUUUGGGGAAAAAGAUGCGGCCACAGCAACUUUGGCGGCUUCGCAUGCUGAACCAGUGGAAGAUGAUUAUAGUGACGAAGAGAUUGAUGUGGAUGAACUUGAGAGAAGGAUGUGGAGGGACAAAAUGCGUCUCAAACGACUUAAAGAACAGAACAAGAGCAAGGAUGGGGUCGAUAUUGUGAAACAGAGACAGUCUCAAGAACAGGCGAGGAAAAAGAAGAUGUCGAGGGCGCAAGAUGGGAUAUUGAAGUACAUGUUGAAGAUGAUGGAAGUGUGCAAGGCUCAAGGUUUUGUUUAUGGGAUUAUUCCGGAGAAAGGAAAGCCGGUAACUGGGGCAUCUGACAAUCUUCGGGAAUGGUGGAAGGAUAAAGUCAGGUUUGAUCGUAAUGGUCCUGCCGCUAUUGCCAAGUACCAGGCUGAUAAUUUGAUUCCCGGCAACAAUGAUGGGUGUAACCCGAUUGGUCCAACACCACACACCUUGCAAGAACUUCAAGAUACAACGCUCGGUUCCCUUUUGUCUGCACUGAUGCAGCAUUGUGAUCCUCCUCAGAGGCGGUUUCCUUUAGAGAAAGGUGUUCACCCACCGUGGUGGCCUACUGGUAACGAGGAAUGGUGGCCACAUCUCGGAUUGCCUAAAGAUCAAGGCCCUCCCCCUUAUAAGAAACCUCAUGACUUGAAGAAGGCUUGGAAAGUUGGGGUUCUCACAGCAGUAAUCAAGCACAUGUCUCCCGAUAUAGCCAAGAUUCGCAAGCUUGUAAGGCAGUCUAAGUGCUUGCAGGACAAGAUGACUGCAAAGGAAAGUGCAACAUGGCUUGCUAUCAUCAACCAGGAGGAGACCUUGGCUCGAGAGCUUUACCCCGAGUCCUGCCCACCUUUGUCCUCCGGUGGAGGAAGUGGAUCUUUGGUUAUAAAUGACUGCAGUGAGUAUGAUGUUGAAGGGGCAGACAACGAGCCAAACUUUGAUGUGCAAGAGCUCAAGCCCGGGAAUCUAAGUUCAUCUGAUUUGAGUGUGGAUCGAAUGAGGGCCAUCCAACAACCACCUUAUUCUAUUAAGGGAGAAGUUGUCAAUAAUUUGGACUUUAUGCGAAAGAGGAAACCAAGCAAUGAUUUAAACAUCAUGGAACAUAAGAUCUACAAAUGCGAGUUCUUCCAAUGUCCCUACAAUGAACAUCGCUUAGGUUUUCAUGACAGGGCUGCCAGGGACAGUCAUCAAUUAACAUGUCCGUAUCGAAACUCCUCCGCACUGUUUAGUGGUUCAAGUUUUAAUGUUAACGAGGUGAAACCUGUAAUUUUACCUCAAGCAUUUGCGCAAUCCAAGCCAACUGCACCUGCGGUUACUUCCGUCCCAACAUCAUUUGAUCUUUCAGGACUUGGAGUUCCGGAAGAUGGCCAGAAAAUGAUCAGCGAACUCAUGUCGGUUUACGAUAACAACAUUCAAGGCAACAAAAACAUGAAUCCCAGUAACAAUCCAAUCACCGAAGGCCAAAAUAUUCUUCACCCGAAAAUCCAACAGCCACAGGAUGAAUACUUUCGUGGUCAAGGAAACUUCUUCGAGGACUCCAGCAUGCCCAAUAACCAUCAGAUGUUUCAACAAGGGGAAGGUCAAUUCGACCGGUUCAAGGGCCUGAAUUCUCCGUUCGAGACCGAACAUAACAACAACAACAACAACAGCUUCCCGCUGAUGUUCGGGUCUCCAUUCGAUUUGUCUACUUUCGAUUACAAGGAAGAUCUUCAAACAGUUGGGAUGGACACCAUCCCAAGGCAGGAUGUUUCAAUCUGGUUCCAGUAAAACGGUAACGCCUGUCGGAAUAUGCACUAGCUGAAACCUUUUUUUUUUCACUUGGUUAUUGUAAUUUUCUUCCUUGUGUGUAGCUGUAGGAAGUUUAAGCAAGCUUAGCAGCUCUUCAUAUGGGGCUCCAAUAAAAACACAAAAAAAAACAUGGAAAGCACCGUAGGAUCUUGCUACUGAUUUACAUAGGAUAUUACUGUCUCAUAAAUAAGUUAGAUGUAUUGUCUGUAUGGGGUUUUUUCUUUAUUACCUUCUGUCUUAAAACUUUUUUAUCAGUUUACUACCAUGAUGAUGUUUGGUAGGCAUCUGAUUGUGAGUGUUUUGUUGGGUACAUAUGGUUUGUAUUGAAAUGGAAACUCAUUUGUCAGUUAA